AUGCCGCGUCCAACGGCGCCUACUAACGAUGACAUUGCCUUCUUGAAUGAACCCUACAAUCCCCUCUACAACCCUCUACCAGCCCGUCCCAUCUUGGUCCACCAACGAAACAGCUACGACCGCCACGUCUUCGUCGAACGCCCCUGGUUCGGGCACAUCCUCUUCGACAACGAGGACUCCGAUGCCCGGGACCACUGUGCCGCUGAGCGAACCUUCCUCUCCUGGCUCCGCCUAGCAACCUACAUGGCCGUCGUCGCCGUGGCCAUCUUGAUAUCAUUCCAUCUCAAGCACGAGCCCACGGCCAUUGAACGACGCGUUGCUCUGCCCUUUGGCCUGGUAUUCUGGUUCCUGGCGCUGGCGUGUCUGGUGAGCGGGUUAAGUAAUUAUAUCAAGACGGUGAAUCGGUACUCGAGGAGGCAGGCGUUGGUGCAGAGUGGGGUGGCGACGCAGGUGGUGAGUACUCUUGACUUUGCUCGCAAUUCUGAUAAGGUCGGUAUGCUGACGCUGGAGUUUUAG